GUCCAAAGUAAAAUUCAUCUAAAAUUGAUACUUCCACCCCAUCUUCAAAAUCCACGUACACCAACUUCGCCCUUUUGACAAACAUUCCUAGGGCACACAGAAAAUCACGGCGUGAAAACACAGAGGGAAAAAAAGGAUGGGGUCACGAGAGAAAGACCAAACGACGUCACACCAUCCACUGCUAAGCAGCCUCGUUAUACGUCCCACUGACAGCGUUGGCGGAGGAGGUGCCACCGGUGGCGGUGGUGCUGGAAGCGACUACGAACCAGGCGAGGUGCGUCGUGAUCCGCUUCCGUACCCUCGUUCCGAUCGAUACGCUUCCGAUGGCCGUGGUUAUAGAAUACGUGCAGGCUCUGUUUCACCUGUGCGACGUAGGGAUGCAGAUCAUCGCUAUAGUACUGGUUUUGAUCAUUCUGGUGCUUCAUCACGUGGUCGUGGAUUUGGAAAUGGGAGAGAUCUUGGUAGAUAUCGUGAUCACUCCCCUCCUUAUGGCCGUGGGAGGGGUGGUGGCAGGUUUGGUAGAGUGUAUGACCGGCCUGGAUAUGGUCCUGGACCUUUCAGAGGUGAAGGUUUGACAAGAAAUAAUCCUAAUGUGCGCCCAAGAGAAGGAGACUGGGUUUGCCCAGAUCCCUUAUGUAAAAACUUGAAUUUUGCUAGGCGUGAGCACUGCAACAACUGCAACAGGUUCCGUUAUGCACCUUCUGGGAGUCCGAGGAGGGGAUAUCCCGGUCCCCCGCCUCCUGCUCGUCGUUUUCCUGGUCCUCCAAUGGAUCGUUCUCCUGGAAGGAUCAUGAAUGGCUAUAGGUCACCUCCUCGUGGUUGGGCCAGAGAUGGUCCUCGAGAUUUAAGAGCUGCCCCCCCUCCCAGAAAUGAAGGCAGAUUCCUUGAGCCUCCAAUCCGUAGAGAUGAACCGGAUUUCCCUGUAAAUGACUUCAGGGAUAGAUACAGGUUCGAUAGACCAAUACCACUAGAUUUGGGCCUUAGAGCUCGUGAAAGGGAUAGCUUCAUUAAUGAGAGGAGAGGGGGGUAUGAGAGGCGACCACUUUCUCCACCUCCAGCAGCACCUGCUCGUGGCCAAUGGGCUCGAGAUAUUAGGGAAAGAAGGAGGUCUCCUGUUAGAGGUGGGCCACCACCUAAAGAUUACCACCGCGACGUAUUCAUGGAUCGGGGCCGAGAUGAUCGGCGUGGAAUUGGACGGGAGGCAUUUUAGCUGGUGAUACGAAGCCUUACAGAUAUCAUAUCUGUAUGUUGCGAUUUUUAGAGAGGGAUGUUGCACAAGUAUUACGUAUUUAUUUUCUCUUUGCGUAAAGUUGCAUGUGCUUUGUGUUGAGAGUUGGCUAAGAAUCAUUUCAUGUUAACAGCUUGAUUACUGUUCAGUAUGUUCACGGAGGAUCAAAAUUUUUACUCUGCAGUUUUGUGCUUUUAGCAUUUUAUCUUAUUAGUCGGGGCCGUUCUACGGUAACUCGAGGAUUCGCUGAGUGUU